UCCUCCACGGCACCCGUCAGACGCGCCUCUGCAUCCGCGCACCCGGAAACUGAGCAGUGCAACAAAAGCAGCGCUUUCUGCAGGCAAUAAACACCCUCAGCAUCAUGUCGGAUAAAAGUGAGCUGAAAGCUGAGCUUGAGCGAAAGAAACAGCGCUUGGCUCAGAUAAGAGAGGAGAAGAAGAGAAAGGAAGAGGAACGCAAGAAAAAGAGUGUUUGUUUCACUCUGUUUUGUUUGUGUCAGGCUGAGCUGAAGAAGGACGCUGUUCCACUGCAGGAUGAUUCAGACCUGGAGAAAAAGCGCAGAGAGGCUGAGGCUCUGCUACAGAGUAUGGGCAUCACAUCAGACGUACCUGUGGUUCCUACACCCAUGUCUCCCACGGCCAAAUCUGCAGGCACUCCAAGUGAGGCAGGGAGCCAAGACUCAGGAGAUGGUGCCACUGGGCCAAGGACUCUGCACUGGGACUGUGACCCCUCUACUCUUCUGCUUCACUCUGAGCUGGGACGUGGUCCUCUGAAGUUGGCCAUGGUGAAGGUGACCCAUGUGGAUUUCCCUCCAAAAGAGGUGGUGUCCUACACCAAGGAGACACAGACGCCCACCAUGACAGAGCAGAAAGAAGAGGAAGAUGAGGAGGAAGAGACUCCAGCCCCGAAGCCUGAGGUUGAGGCAGAGAAAGAGAAACCAGAAGAGAAACAAGAUGAGGAAGCGCCCCCUCAUGAGUUAACGGAGGAGGAGAAGUUGCAGAUUCUGCACUCGGAGGACUUCAUGGAGUUUUUCGAUCACAGCACACGUAUCAUGGAGCGAGCUCUGUCUGAACACGUAGAUGUUUUCUUCGACUACAGUGGUCGUGACAUGGAGGAGAAGGAGGGUGAGAUGCAGGCUGGGGCCAAACUGUCUCUGAACCGGAAGUUUGUUGAUGAUCGCUGGUCCAAACAGCGAGUGGUGACCUGUCUGGAUUGGUCCCCACAGUAUCCAGAGUUGCUGGUUGCCUCUUACAACAACAAUGAGGAAGCCCCACAUGAGCCUGAUGGAGUGUCUUUGGUCUGGAACAUGAAAUACAAGAAGACCACACCGGAGUAUGUCUUCCACUGUCAGUCUGCGGUGAUGUCUGCAGCAUUUGCAAAGUUUCAUCCUAACCUCGUUGUCGGUGGCACUUACUCAGGACAGAUCGUCCUGUGGGACAACAGAAGUAAUAGACGCACUCCUGUCCAGAGAACGCCUCUCUCUGCCGCAGCCCACACGCACCCAGUGUACUGUGUUAAUGUGGUUGGCACACAGAACGCUCAUAACCUCAUUAGCAUCUCUACUGAUGGAAAGAUGUGCUCCUGGAGUCUGGACAUGCUGUCUCAACCACAGGACAGUAUGGAGCUGGUGUUUAAGCAGUCUAAAUCCGUUGCGGUCACCUCCAUGUCCUUCCCUCUGGGUGACGUUAAUAACUUUGUGGUGGGAAGUGAGGAUGGAUCAGUCUACACAGCCUGUCGUCAUGGCAGUCGGGCAGGUAUCAGUGAGAUGUUUGAGGGACAUCAUGGUCCAAUCACAGGCAUUCACUGUCACACGGCGGCAGGACCCGUCGAUUUUUCUCAUCUCUUCCUGACCGCCUCAUUUGAUUGGACCGUUAAACUCUGGAGCACCAAGAAUAACAAGCCGCUGUACUCGUUUGAGGAUAACUCCGAUUAUGUUUAUGAUGUCAUGUGGUCUCCGGUACAUCCCGCUCUCUUCGCCUGUGUGGACGGACUUGGACGCAUCGACCUGUGGAACCUCAACAAUGACACGGAGGUGCCCACUGCCAGCAUGUCUGUGGACGGCAGUCCUGCUCUGAACAGACUGCGCUGGUCUCAGUCGGGCAGAGAGAUCGCCGUGGGUGACUCCGAGGGACAGAUCCACAUUUACGACGUUGGCGAGCAAAUCGCAGUUCCACGGAACGACGAAUGGACCCGCUUCGUGCGGACGCUGGCGGAGAUCAACGAGAACCGAGACGAUGCCGAGGAACUGGCCGCUCAGCGCCUCGCCGCUUGAUCGUCAUGGAAACUAGAUCUCAGAAAGCUGUAAUCACAUCUCUCUUUGGAAAUGAAAUGAUUUGUGUGUGCAAACCUUUGAUUCUGCCUUUUGUUUGGAAUAAAAACAUGAAACGUGGACCGUAGGUGCAAUUCAUAGCGCGAGAGCAGAAGGCCGUCAGCUCACGACCAGAAGCCUUAACAUUUGCAUGCAAAAAACAAAACCACAGUGAAUGUUUCUAUUUCUAUCCAGGUAUCUCUGAACGUGCUGAACUCACAGCUUAUUAUGCACAGCCAAAUAUGAAUCUCAGUAAACCUGUCUGCAUCUCCAAAAUUGGAAAAAAAAAAAAAAGAUGUUUUUUUUGUAUUAUUUAUAUGG